AUGGAGGUAGAAACCAUCGAAACCGCUCUGAAGAGGGUCAUCCGGAGCGCCAUCCCGGGAACGCACGUCCUAAGCCUCCAGGUAACCGCCGCGCCGGGUCUUCACCGAAUAUACCGCGCCACGACUCAGGCUGGCGCCGUCUUACAGUGCUCUCUGCCACCCUCGCCGAACCGCCGAUUACUGAGGUGCGAGUGCGGCUCCGUGCGGUCCGAGGCUGCCACCCUACAGUGGCUGUCGCAGCUCUGCAACAACGGACAGCACCCAGAGGGGGAGUCGAGCUCGCCGCACAAAUCCGCAGCCAAUACGGCUGCAGACUUUGAGGAGGAUAAGAAGGAGGCCAGGAACUACAUCCGCGCAGGCGCCGUCGCUGAGUACCUGCCGAGACUCCUGGAUCAUGGGGUCAUGGUGGCCGGAGCGGCGGCAGUGGCCCCGAUGCACAGGCUGCAAUACAAUAUCAUGGCACCGCGGCCCGGACGGGUGCUGUCAACGCUUUCAACGCCGCUGACGCCGGCGGAGCGUCGGUCCGUCGACUUUCAGGUCGGGCAGAUGCUGCGCGGUUUGUCGCUGCUGCGCUCGCCGACGUCACGCUUCGGGCACGCCGAGGGCAUGAUGCCGCCCGUGCCGCAACGAUCGAGCAGUGAGCAGCGGGGUGCCUCGGUGCAGGCGUCGCGCGAAACCUUUGCGCGGUGGUCGGAUGCCUUUGCCAGCAUGCUCCAUGAGGCCAUACAGGACGCACAGGUGAACCAGAUCACGGCAGCGUACGACAGCAUACGCAGGCUGCUGCGCCGCUUCGCGCCCGUCCUCGAUGGUGUGGUCGAGCCGCGGCUGGUCCUGGUCGAUGCAGGUCUAGACAAGAACGUUCUCGUGGCCAUGCAAAAAGCUGAGGACGGCGAUCCCGACGACGGCGAUGAGAAGGAUUCCUCUGUCGAGGAUGAAGAGAUGGAGGUAGACGGUUCAAAUAACAGCGGCGGCUCCUCAUCGAGCAGCAGCAACACGGCGGCUGCUCUCAAGGUAACUGGCCUCCGCGAAUGGGUCAAGCCUGUGUUUGGCGACCCGCUGCUGUCCAUUACGCUCUGCCGGGAGCCGUCCGAGGCCCUCGUGCGCGGCCUCUGCACGCCCCUAGCGGACACGCUCGACGACGACACGGACGAGGCGUACCAGGGUUUGGCGCAGGACGAGGGAGACUGUCCACGUCGCGUCCAAGUGCGUAUGCACCUGUACCGAAUAUACCACGCACUGAAUGCCAUCAGCGCCGAGUACGUGCAUCGCGACGAGGGAAGCGACCCGCGGGAGCUGCGCGCCCGCAAGGUCCUGGUGGAGGCGGUACGCGCGCUCGAGACGGUCGAGGAGGAGGCCGACGAGUCGGCGGCGUCUAAGAGGCGUCGGCGGUAUCUGCAGGACGCCUCGUCCAAGAGGCAGAGGACGCUGAGCCCAUAG